CGCCAUCUCAUAGAAACGAUACGGACUUUUCAGCCCACCUGUUAAAUGAACGCGGAUAUACGAGAAAAUGUAUUUUGCUAUUAGACAAUGCUCCGAGCCACACAAGUGAGGAGCAACUUAAAAGUGGAGAUAUACCUACGAGUUUUUGCCUACUAAUGUAACGUCACUGAUUCAGCCAAUUGAUCAAGGAGUUUUAGAAAAUUUAAAACGCGUUUGAGAUUAACCUCAAAAAUGUGGCAUAUUGGAUAGCAGAAGCAUGGAGCCAACUAAAAAAUUCUACUUAUUGGUCGACAAUAAUUAAGCAAGAACUGUAACAUUGCGCAGACUUUGAGAAGAACUACGAAAAUUUACAUGAGCUCGUCGUAAAAAUAGCAGGAUGUGAAAAUCUUACCCAACCAGAUGUUGAUAGAUAUAACCGCGUAUCACAGAAAAUUUGGAGAUGGCGGACGGCGUAACAGAAGUUGACGUUAGACAAUUUGAACGAGAAGUCGUAGAAGCAUUCGAAUGCCCCGACUGUGGGAAAUACAUGCUCCCUCCAAUAAGACAGUGUGCCUCUGGACACAGUUUCUGCAACAAUUGUUUUGACACUAUGAAAAGAUGCAAAAUUUGUAACUUGAUCAAAACUAGAACCAGGAUCCAUCUUUUAGAGAAGAUGCAGGAAUACUUGAAAUUUCCCUGCAAGUAUAAGAAUUUCGGAUGCACAUUCUAUGGAAAAGGCCAUAUAGUCCCGCAACAUCAAAAUAACUGCGAAUAUUCAAAAUACGCAUGCCCAUUGGGCUUUAGGAAUUGCAUGUUGUGCGAUAUGAGAGAAUCACAGAUGCAUUGUACGAAUUUACGGGAGCGAAAUGUGUCUGUCCUUAGCAGUAUAAGGAGGAAUCGAAACCGUCCUCGUCGACCACGAUGAGGUUACAAAAAGCUAGCCAGAAAAUGGAUUCUAGAAUCUGAAAAUUCGAAUGGAAUAUAAUAUUUAUUUAUAAAGAGUGUUCCAAAAUUAGAUGACAAUCAAUCGAGCAAAUAAAUAAUAAAUAAAUAAGUUCCUGUAACGAACCUAUUUCUUCUUAAUUGACAUUUGAACAUUACAGUGUAAUUCCACGAAAUUUUUACAGGAUAGGUCUCACAUGGUGGGGUUGAUGGAUAACAAUUCAUUCAUUUAGGUCGCCUGAUCUCAUGCGGACCCGCAGGAAUAUUUUUUUGGGAGGGCCGAUCAUCGGCAAGCGAUAUUUUUAGAAAGUCUACCUGCCUCCAAAACUUUUUGAAUAGCGGGGGACAGGAAACUUUCUAAGGGCGGGGUGGUGGGGGGUGAACCUAAAAGUCCAAAAAUCAUUUUAAAUAUUCAAAUUUUAAGGUCAAACCGCAUUCUUGGGGGGGGGUCACGGCCAAACCUAGCACCCACUUGCGGGCGCGCCUGACUAGUCCUACGCAUUAUUGCUAAUUUUGUAUACAUCUUGUAUAAUAAAGGCCUAAGAGUCAUAUUUUUAAGACGGCGAAAACUUUAGCUGAGAAAAAGCGCAUUGUUUUAUUUUAAUCUAAUGAGCGGGUUCAAUACCGUUCUCAAUGGUUUUACUUAAAACUCGAUAAAACAUAAUUCUCGUAUAUCCUUGGGUUUUCCUAGUUGCUAAUUAGUGUAUUUUCAAAACGGCUGGAUCAGUAUACUGGAUCCAGAACCAACAUUGAGAGAAUCAUCUGAAACAAGAGUUUUUCUCCGGGCAGCUCAUUUUGUUUAUGUAAAACAGAGUAUUUAUUCCAGCCUAAUUUCCAAGCUUUUCGAAAAUGACAUCCAUACAGGGGGUAAAAAAUUAGCAAUAUUUUGUUAGAGAUAGUCUGCCCCUGGCACUCUUAAAGAAUACAUAGUUUUGCAUGGACACCAUCAUGUGAAGCCCCAAUUGGUUAGUAAAAUUUUAUUGAAUUACAUGGUGGCAUUCAAGUUAUUUAACAAACCGAUUGCUAGCAGUGUCCCUCAGAGGCCUGUAUCUUUGUAGAAGAGCCCUCGAGGACAUUUUCAUAGGACCUUGUCGCAUUAGUUUUUCUGCUCUAUAUGCAUCCUAGAUAUUGCCAUCUCAUUAUGGGACACCCUCUAGAAUAGCUGUAUUGUUUAACCAUUAGUUUAUAGUAGUGUACUGUAUAUUACUGUUUAGUGUGUAAGACUCUUUGGUGUAAUUUUGACUCUAGAUCAGUAAUGGGUCCUGAAUUUUGACAUAUAUGUGGUUUACUCUGACGGCGACGAAAGAGGGAGUGUGAUAUUUGUUAUCACAUCAUGAUUUUUAUUAAUCUACCGAACAGUAUUUGUGCCUCGUAUCUCCGGGUGACUGCAUUUACUAAGGGGUAGAUGCUAUACAGGGGUAGUAACCCCUGUAUAGGAUCAUCACUUACAUUAUGAUUUUAUAACGGCCUUGCCAUCAAUAGGAAAGACGUAUUGUUGCCAUAUCUUUGAAUUAUAAGGUACUAUUACCAUUAGGUUUGGGAUUUCUAUCUUUUAUAAUCCAACAUCGGGACAGUACAGUAAGUUUGGAAAUAUGAGACACAAAACAGUUCGCAAUUUUAUUUUCUUUUAUUAGUAGUGACCCAUAAUGACUCCAACAGGAUAUUCUUUACAAUUUCCAUGGUUAAAGUUUCUAUCUUUUAUAUCUAACCAAUUUGUCAAAGCAGUGUGAUACUGGAACCUUCCUAGCUAUUCCUAUAAGAACAUUUUGACGCCAAAAUAGUUGUCCCUCCGACCAAAUAUGGGACGGGUUGCAACCCUGGUUACAUUAUGUAUCACUUUCUAUGAACACACACCCUCACUUUCAUAUCAAAUAAUGCGAGAUGUUUGUUGAAUGUGAAAAACAAGACACACUUUUGGUGAAUCAAAGUCAAUAUUUUUGUACCUACCGAUUUCUCAAAAUAGUCAUUAGGUUAUUCAUUCAUUAGCAAUAGCCCUGCAACAAAAUCAGGACGGGUUGCAACUUCGGUUAGGUUAGGUAUUUGUAUCACUUUUCAUGUGUACCAUUAAGUUUAUAUGAAAUACGAGAUGUUCUGUAAAAAAUGUAUUGUAAUGUAAUGUAAAAAUACAUUUGGGUUUAAUUUUAACACUAAAUUAA